GAAAGAUCAGUUUAGUUCGGUCACUCGGUAUAAAACGACAUAACCUAUCAUAUUUAUAAAAUUUCACCGCGUGUGCCUUUAAAACGAUUUAAUUUUAUAUUAUCGUUACAUUUCAAAAUAAUUACAAACUAAAUAUAGUGCGUUGACAAUAACAAGUGAAUGAUUACUUUUAAACCAACACAACAAAAAUAAAUUCUCCUACUUAUUUAGUGAUGUUACUCUACUAAUCAUUGAAACAAAAAACAAAAACAAUCAAGAUGAUGUCCAACGGGCAAGUAAUUGGUGAUGGAUCAUGGGAUUUGAUCGUUUACGUGACAAAUCUUCAAACUGGUAGAUCUAUACGUGUAAAAGGCGAUCUACACAUCGGAGGCGUCAUGUUAAAACUCGUAGAGGAUUUAGAAAUCUCUAUGGAUUGGUCAGAUCAUGCAUUAUGGUGGCCAGAAAGAAAUAUUUGGUUAAACAGAACAAGAUCGACAUUAGAUCAAUACGGAGUACAAGCUGACGCCCAAUUGGAAUUCACACCAAUGCACAAAAUAUUACGCCUUCAAAUGCCGGAUUUACGUUAUUUAGAUAUGAUGGUCGAUUUCUCAGUAAAAACUUUUUCUGCUGUUAUCUCAAUAUGCAAACAACUUGGUAUUCGACAUCCCGAAGAAUUAUCUCUCUGUAAACCGUUGGAAGCGGCGAAUUUAAAAUGUAAUUUUAAAGAUUUGCCGAAAAGAAAACAUGAAAACGGGGGUGCGCACAGAAAUGGGCACGUAGCUAAAGACACGAAUACUUUUAUACCGGCUCAUAGUCCGCAAGGAAGUAAUGGAAGUUUGGAUAAAUCGUUUUCUUGCGCUCCUAUCACACCGGGAAGGGUUCCACAGUCUUCAACGCCAAUUAGUAGCCCUGCAGGUACUUGGAAGAAGAAUGGUUAUGAUGCAAACGCUGGAUACUCACCAAAUAUGAGUUUGGAGCAGUUAAAUGGAGGUCUUGAUAAUUCUUUAGCACAAUCACCACCGACUAUUAGUCCUAAAGAUAGAAGUAUGUUGGUUCGGCCAAAAUCAUUAGUUGAAAAAGCAAGAAUGAAUGUUGCUUGGUUGGAUUCAUCACUAUCAAUUAUGGAACAAGGUGUCCAAGAAUACGGAACGUUAUGUCUUCGAUUUAAGUUUUACGAAUUUUACGACUUAAACCAAAAAUACGACGCGGUUCGUAUCAAUCAAAUUUACGAACAAGCAAAAUGGCAAUUAUUGAACGAAGAAAUUGAUUGUACCGAAGAAGAGAUGUUAAUGUUUGCCGCAUUACAGCUACAAAUUAGUUUACAAGCAAAUCAACCGCAACCUAAUUUCACUCCAAAUAAUGGUACAACGACACCACCUCCAGAAGACGAUAUUGAUUCCGCUUUAAACGAACUUCAAACCACUUUAGAAGGAUCGAGAAUUUCAAAUAAUUACAAUGACAUCACCAAAGUGCCUGAAUUAAACGAUGAACUUCGAUUUUUAAAGAAAAGUUUCUUAAUGAAAACAUUUAAAAAAUAUUGGUUUUCCUGUAAAGAUUUGAACUUGUACCUGUAUAAAACUCGCGAGGAUUUAAUUCACCGCCAAGAACCUGUUAUGAAAGUAAAUUUAAAAGGUUGCGAAGUCACUCCUGAUGUAAACAUCAGUCAAAAUAAAUUUGGAAUUAAAUUGGAUGUUCCAUCCAGUGAAGGAAUGCAAGAUAUGUAUAUUAGAUGUGAAUCGGAAAGUCAAUAUGCAAAAUGGUUGGCAGCGUGUAAAUUAGCAGCAAAAGGGAGAUCUCUUGCUGAUAGUUCUUAUGAUAGUGAAGUACAAACAAUUACAGAGUUUUUACAAAUGCAAAAACCAAGUGAAAAACCAGCCAUAAAUCCAAAUUCUUUAGAUAUACAACCGGAAGAAUAUGUUUCACCACGUUAUUUGAAAAAAAUUAAAGGAAAAUUAAUUCAAAGGAUAUUUGAAGCUCAUGCAAAUGUAAAAGAUUUGGGUCUUAUUGAUGCAAAAUUAAAUUAUAUAAAAGCGUGGCAAUCACUUCCUGAAUAUGGCAUUAGUUUAUUUAUUGUUAAAUUUAUGGGUAACAAAAAAGAAGAUCUUUUAGGUAUUGCUAAUAAUCGAAUAAUGAAAAUGGAUAUUGGCAAUGGUGAUCAUCAAAAAACAUGGCGUUAUAAUACAAUGAAAGCUUGGAAUGUUAAUUGGGAAGUAAAACACAUGAUGGUACAAUUUGAAGAAGAAAAUAUAGUAUUUGCAUGUAUUUCUGCUGACUGUAAGGUUAUACAUGAAUUUAUUGGGGGUUAUAUAUUCUUAUCCAUGCGAUCUAAAGAAGCUAAUCAAGCAUUGAAUGAAGAACUUUUCCAUAAAUUAACGGGGGGUUGGUCAUAAAAUGUUUUCUAAAUUCAAAGAAGAAUUAAUUUUUAACUCUUUGACGUGUUUUUCUUAUUUUUUCCUGUCGAUUUGUACAUAGAAUCAUUCUUAUUGAUGUUAUUAAAAAUUGAUAUUUAUUGUAACAUAUGUAUCUUUACAUAAAAAAUACUUUUUAGUAUGACGCAAGUUAUAACAUGUUAUUAUUGCUUUAGGGCAUUUAUUAAUAAAAUUAUAAAAUUAAUGUUUCUCUAAAGUAAACAAUUUAAUUUACUACUUAAUUACUAUUACUAUACAAAAAUCUCUUAAUAUUUUUCUAACAGUGUAUUGCUAUCUAUAUGCCUAUACAUAUUAUACAUAU